GGAGGCCGUCUCUCCGGGAGUCCCGGUGACCGCCGCCGGCUGCGACGCGACCCCGAGGGGGUUAACCGCGGAGUCGGCUGACGGCAGAGCGCGAGGAUCCUGCGCGCGAGCCCGGCUCAGCCGACGGGGGCGCACGGGGGCGCGCGCAGGCGGACGCGGGGAUGGAGGACGGCGUGGCCGGGCCCCGGGUCGGGGCGGCGGCCGAGGCUGCCGAGGCGCGAGCGGGGCCCGGGGUGACGCUGCGGCCCUUCGCGCCUUUCUCGGGGGCGGCCGAGGCCGACGAAGGCGGCGGCGACUGGAGCUUCAUCGACUGCGAGAUGGAGGAGGUGGACCUGCAGGACCUGCCCAGCGCCACCAUCGCCUGCCACCUGGACCCGCGCGUGUUCGUGGACGGCCUGUGCCGGGCCAAAUUUGAAUCCCUCUUCAAGACAUAUGACAAGGAUAUCACCUUUCAAUAUUUUAAGAGCUUCAAACGAGUCCGAAUAAACUUCAGCAACCCCUUAUCCGCAGCCGACGCGAGACUCCAGCUACAUAAGACUGAAUUUCUCGGGAAGGAAAUGAAAUUAUAUUUUGCUCAGACUUUACACAUAGGAAGUUCACACCUGGCUCCACCGAAUCCAGACAAGCAGUUUCUGAUCUCUCCUCCUGCCUCUCCCCCGGUCGGUUGGAAACAAGUGGAAGACGCCACUCCUGUCAUAAAUUAUGAUCUUUUAUACGCUAUCUCCAAGCUAGGGCCAGGGGAAAAGUAUGAAUUGCACGCAGCGACCGACACCACUCCCAGCGUGGUCGUCCACGUAUGCGAGAGCGACCAGGAGAACGAGGAAGAAGACGAGAUGGAAAGAAUGAAGAGACCCAAACCAAAAAUUAUCCAGACCCGAAGGCCGGAGUACACGCCCAUCCACUUAAGCUGAACAGGCACCGGGACGCAGAAGUAAUCCAAGUCAUACUCAAUGGGGAGGAAUCUUUUACUGUGGAAGUGGCCGGUCACAACUUUGGAGGUGGCAGCCGUGAUCACGGUGGCAGAAAUUCCAGUUCAUGUUGCUCAGGAGAGAGGCAAGGCUUUGUCUCCUGGUUCUAGUGCUGCGCGUCAGUCAGUGUUCAUGGCUCCCAGGAAUGUCCUGGGCCAAUCACUGAGUCUGGGGUGAUCGCACAAGGACAUUUGGGAACGUCUCGAGAAAACUGAUAACGAUAGUGUUUUGUACUUGUUCUUUUCUAGUAGGUUCUGUUUUUGCCAAGGGCAGGUUGAUAAUGGGUCCGGGGAGAGCCUUCUGUUUCUAACCAGCCCACGGGGUAGACUAUCUCUACUGGUAGGACAAGGCACUGCGUGAAGCCACGGAGUGUCUGGUGCGGAAAGGUUGCGAAAACAACAACCAUACAAUGUGGGAAUUGUAGUGUUUCCUUUCUUCCUCUCAUGUUCUAAUGUUUGUGCAUGUAUAUUACUGAUUUUCAUGACUAACCUUUGUUCGUAUAUAGAGUUCCGCCAUUGUUGUUUUACAUCUUUUGGGAAGCUAGGAAAGCAUUUGAAAAAUCUGUCACCUCUCCAGAUUCGUGACUCUCUUUGCAACAGCGCUCACACGUGGAAUUCUACGGAACUCACUCACUCAGCACCCUGUCCGAAGCAACUUACAACUCAGUGCUUUGGCAAAAGAAGUCGAUCUGAAAUUCCUGUGUAGAGUUUCGCUUAUAAUAUUCAGAGAACCGCAGUUUCACUGCCAAUUUUUUGUGGAUAAGAAAUUUUAGUUUAGGUGUUUUGGGUAGGACAUCGGUUUCAUUGAUUUCUUUCGUGUGGUGGUUUAUCUCCAUGAGUCAUAGCCAAAAGCCUUUUAGGAGAGCUGUCGGGUGACAUAGUUGAUUUUUUACCCCACUAAAACAUCAAGAUAAACUUGUAAAUACAGCUGAUAGCAUAUAUUCAUACCUGUUGUGCACUUGGGUGAAGAAUCUGGGAGUGGGAAAACAGUGUAAGACGUAUUAACCCACUGUGAAUUGUAUGUUGUAGAAAAUGCUGUCACAGCGUUGGGCAGGACUCGAAUUCAAGGCGUGUGAAGUGGGUAGUUGAUGUGUGGUGACAUGAGAGAGAUGCAGUGCCUUUUCCCAUUAAUUCCUGAUGGAAUUGUUACACUAGGUUAACGUUUGUAAUGUUUUUCUAGUUGUAAUGUGUAUGUCUGGUAAAUAGGUAUUAUAUUUUGGCCUUAUGAUACCAUAACAAAAUUUGUCCUUUGGAAAUACCUAAUGCCGAGCUAACAGUGCAUGCUUUGGAAAUUCCGAAGAUGGUUUUCUUUAAGAAGCAAAUACAUUUGGUGGUUCAUGUCAAGAAAUUGACAGAAUGUUCUCAGAACCCUGUUUACAGAACUUGGCAGGUUGGGUGGGGCAGGUGAGGGAGAGACCAUUGCAUAGCUGUCAAGUGUUCCUAGUGACGUGCUUUUAAACUGGAGAGGCUAACCUCAAAAUAUUUUUUUUUAACCGCAUUCUAUAAUAAAUCGACACGAUAUGCUCUUUACGGAAAA